AUGCGCAUCCGGCCGCCGUGCUUGGUGCGUGCCGGGAUUGCUCUUGUCAGGUCCUUUGCCGUUGGGCGCACCGUGUGGCGACGGGAGGAGUCAGCGGGAAGCCGCGGGUCGGAUGGCGGGAGUGGUGAGAAUGGCUGCACCUCCGUUUUUUUGUUCGAAGUGUCCGGCUCCGAUUCGGGGACAUGGGCUUCUGAGGUUUUACUGAGGCCCGCGCUCCAUACAUUGCGCCUGCGUGGUGCAGACAGACGCUGUUGGCCCUGAGCGUUGAGCAUUGACCACUUUCUAGCCCGCGAAGCAUUCUGGGUAGACACAAAAUGCUGGAGCAACUCAGCGGGACUGGCAGCAUCUCUGGAGAGAAGGAAUGGGUGACGUUUUGGAUCGAGACCCUUCUUCAGACUGACUCCCCAAUAUGGAACCCCUGAACCUGACCUGGCAGCAUAAUGUUGGCAAGCAUGGAUUAAUUGGCUGGAAACCAAAAGGAAGAGAGGUCAAAGACUAAAGGCGAAGAGAGCCUUGUGCUGGGGCAGUCAGCAACACAUAGCACUAGGAAGAAAAUUUGCAAAUCCAAACAUCAAGUCAAGAGCUGAACAAAUCCUUUAGUUGAUCCGAACCCAAAACGCAUCGGCAUUUGAAAAUGGAAGCGGAAAUCUCCAUUCUGAUGGGCAAAAAGACGUACAUAUGUCCUGUGUGCGGGAAGGGGUUCACCCGUUCGUACACCCUGUUGAGACACCAGCGAGUUCACACCGGGGAGAAGCCAUAUACGUGCUCCAUGUGCGGGAGAGGAUUUACUCAGUCGACCCACCUCAUCGCACAUCAACUUGUCCACACUGACCAGAAACCCAUCAAAUGCUCGGACUGCAAGAAGAGCUUCAAAAGCAGGGCUCACCUGCUGAAACACCAGCACGUGCACAGUGAGGAGAGGCCCUUCGUCUGUUCUGUGUGUGGGAAGGGGUUCACUUGUGCCUCCAACCUCACCGCGCACCAACUGGUCCACACUGACCAAAGGCCUUUCAAAUGUUCAAACUGCAAAAAGAGCUUCAAAAAGAGAAGUCACCUGCUAAAACACCAAAAGACUCACACUGGAGAGAGGCCGUUCACCUGCAUGCUGUGCGGGAAGGGAUUCACCCAGUCAUCCAACCUAACGGCCCACCAACUAGUUCACACUGAUGAGAAACCUUAUACCUGCUUUGAAUGCGUGAGGGGCUUCAAGAGUAAGCAGGAACUGCUGAAACACCAGCGCACUCACAACGGGCAGAGGCGGUUCACCUGCUCCCAGUGUGGGAAGGGGUUUACUGUGUCGGGUGACCUGCUAAGACACCAACGCAUUCACACUGGGGAGAAACCAUUCAACUGCACUCACUGUGGGAAAAAGUUCCGCUGCUCCACCAACCUCAUCAGGCACCAGCGGGUUCACACGGGUGAGAGGCCGUUCAUCUGCUCCGAGUGUGGCAAGAGGUUCACCCUGUCAUCGUACCUGCUGAGGCAUCAGCUCACCCACUCCGGGGAGAGGCCGUUCACAUGCCCCGUGUGUGGGAAGGGAUUCACUCAGUCGUCCAGCCUACUGCGACACCAGCAGGUUCACAAGUGACUGCCGAGUUGUAUUGUUCUGUACUAUUGCUGUUAUUCACACCCAGGACUAAAUGCCCUCGAACUUGAGAUUCUGGGUGCUCAUGUAUGUCAUUGUUGUGAAUGAUAUCUAGUUGUGCCUAUAUUGUCAUGCUUAAUCAUAUCUGAUCAGAAACUUGUUGAACAAGUUAGGUCUUUAUUCUUUGGAGCGCAGAAGGUUAACAUAGAAACAUAGAAACAUAGAAAAUAGGUGCAGGAGCGGGCCAUUCAGCCCUUCGAGCCUGCACUGCCAUUCAAUAUGAUCAUGGCUGAUAAUCCAGCUCAGUAUCCUGUACCUGCCUUCUCUCCAUACCCCCUGAUCCCUUUAGCCACAAGGGCCACAUCUAACUCCCUCUUAAAUAUAGCCAAUGAACUGGCCUCAACUACCUUCUGUGGCCGAGAGUUCCAGAGAUUCACCGCUCUCUGCGUGAAAAAUGUUUUUCUCUUCUUGGUCCUAAAGGAUUACCCCUCUAUCCUUAAGCUGUGACCCCUUGUCCUGGACUUCCCCAACAAGGGGGGACUUGAUGGAGGUCUUUAAAAUGAUGAGAGGGAUAGACAGAGUUGACAUGGAUAAGCUUUUCCCAUUGAGAGGAGGGAAGAUUCAAACAAGAGGACAUGACUUGAGAAUUAAGAAGUUUAGUUGUAACAUGAGGGGGAACUUCUUUACUCAGUGAGUGGUAGCUGUGUGGAAUGAGCUUCCAGUCGAAAUGGUGGAGGCAGGUUCGAUUUUAUCAUUUAAAAAUAAAUUGGAUAGGUGUAUGGACGGGAAAGGAAUGGAGGGUUAUGAUCUGAGUGCAGGUAGAUGGGACUAGGGGAAAAUAAGUGUUCGGCACGGGCUUGAAGGGCCGAGAUGGCCUGUUUCCAUGCUGUUAUUGUCAUAUGGUUAUAUGGUCUGAAGAACGGUCCCGAACUGAAACAUCACCCAUCCUUUUUCUCCAGAGAUGCUGGUUGACCCGCUGAGUUACACCAGCACUUUGUGUCUGUUGGUAUAAACCAGAAUCUGCAGUUCUUUGUUUCCACAUAUGCUUUACCAAUGCAAUGUGUCUGAAAGAUUCUACCGAUUAGCGUUUCCCAUUUGAUCCACAUACCUCUCUCUAUAAUAAGUUAUGUUUAAUCUCUGAGCGUGCGUGGUUGGUUUCUAUUUCAUAGGAAAGUAUUGAUUCAUCAGUACUGUAAUUCUAAGGCCCAUAUAAUGCUGGAGUAACCAACAGGUCAGGCAGCAUCCCUGUAGAACAUGUAAAGCUGACUAUUCAGGUCAGGACUCUUCUUCAGUCUGGUGAAGGGUCCAGACCUAAAACAUCACCUAUCCACAUUCUCCAGGGAUGCGGCCUGACCCGUGGAAUUACUCCAGCACUUUGUGUCUUCGGUUAAACCAGCAUCUACAGUUCCUUGUUUCUACUGUAUGGACAUCUACUGACAAGCAGUUUAGAAACAAUGACGCCUCUAGAAUCUUCCAGAAAGAAAUAUAAUUGUUGAGUAUCUAAAUAUUUCCCUUGUCAUCUGGUCCGGGAAUCCCUUGCUAUGAUAGGUUGCGUUUAAACCAGUGGUUCCCAACGUGGGGCGUACGCCCCACAGGGGGGCAAUUUGAUUUUUAAGGGGGGCAAUUGAGCGAGACUGAGGAGGUCUGGGUCCAAAUUUUCGAUUUUUAUUUUUUUGGAUUUUCCAUCGGGUAAAACAUAUGUAGUUUAUGUUUCAGAUGUUAUUUUGAGUAAAUAAUUUUUUUGGGGUAAAAACGGUCUUUAUUGUGUAGUUAUUACAUAAUCACCGCGCCAUCGCUCUUCAUGCACGUCGCACGAAGCGCGCAAGGUCAUGGGAGAACCUUAUGUAUUGAAUUGGAUUUAGAAAUGCGAUUCAAAGAGCUUUUGCUAAGUUACCCUUAUAAUAUCUAUUUCCUCCGUUUUCUCUCAAGGGAAAGCAAGGGGGGGGCAUCAGGAUUUUAGAGGUGAUUAGGUGGGGCAUUGCCAAAAAAAGGUUGGGAACCACUGGUUUAAACUCUCUGAGCUUGUGUGUGGUUGCUUUACGGCAGAAAGGAAAUGAUGGCCAUUGGAGACUGGAGACAUUGCGAGGGUGGGAUAUCAGUAAGUAUAGAUACUUUAUACAUUUUUUGGGGAUGUGAGUAGCAUUUAUUAUCUGGCCCCAAGUUACACUUGAGAAGGUGGUGGUCUGCCACCUUCUUAAAACGAUCCAGUCCUUCUGCGAUACCUAGUGUGAAGAAAAUUCCAGAAAUUAGGCCAAGAAGCUAUGAAGGAAAAAUGAUGUGCUUCCAAGUUAGGAUUAUGUGCAACUUAUAGGUCCUUCAUGUGAAACUCCCCCUUGUUCCUGCAACUUGGUGGUGGAAGUUAUUGCGUUUGGGAGGGGCCUGCAGAGAUGUCCAGGUGUUUUGUAGACGGCUCCCAGUUUAUUUAUCCCUGCAAAUAUGCAAAUAUUGAGUAUAGAAGCUGGGAUGUAAUGUGAAAAUGUACAAGGCAUUGGUGAGACCAAAUCUGGAGUAUGGUG